AUAAAGCCACUAACCCAUCUAACAGGCAAGAAGACUGGGAAUACAUCAUUGGAUUCUGUGACCAGAUCAACAAAGAACUUGAAGGGCCACAGAUAGCUGUGAGGCUUCUGGCUCAUAAAAUCCAAUCACCACAGGAAUGGGAGGCAGUCCAAGCCUUGACAGUGCUGGAGGCUUGUAUGAAGAAUUGUGGGAGAAGAUUUCAUAACGAAGUGGGGAAGUUUCGCUUUUUAAACGAGUUAAUAAAAGUUGUGUCUCCAAAGUACCUGGGAGACCGAGUCUCAGAGAAAGUGAAGACCAAAGUCAUUGAAUUGCUGUAUAGCUGGACAGUGGCAUUGCCAGAAGAAUCCAAAAUCAAGGAUGCCUACUAUAUGCUGAAGCGACAAGGGAUCGUUAUGUUUGAUCCUGUGAUUCCUGUAGACAGAACCCUGAUUCCUUCUCCACCGCCUCGUCCCAAAAACCCCGUGUUUGACGAUGAGGAGAAAUCGAAGCUUCUAGCCAAACUGCUGAAAAGCAAAAACCCAGAUGAUUUACAGGAGGCCAACAAGCUUAUAAAAUCCAUGGUAAAAGAGGACGAGGCUCGGAUUCAAAAAGUCACAAAACGCAUGCACACGCUGGAGGAAGUAAACAACAACGUCAAGUUGCUGAAUGAGAUGUUGGUUCAUUACAGCAAAGACGACUCGUCAGAGGCUGAUAGGGAGCUCAUGAAGGUAGGUCUGAGGUGCUCCUUCUUCCCAGAAAUCCUGCA